CCCUCGACAUGGCGCCGGCUAAUCUUACCGGUUUAUUGGCAAAGUUUAUCUUAAUUUUCCGUGUGGAAUAUUUUGGUGUCAUCGGGUGCUGUUCCCAAAUAAGGAUCUUCCCAAAUUGGUCCUUCAUUAUCAAUGGAAAACUGGCAUGUUUUCCGACACCCAGUGGCUUAAACUUCUCCUGAAAAUAGCCGUGUUAGGGGUUAGGAGGAACCAGGAGGAACUCUGUGCUAUGGGCUUUAUCAGCUUAAGUAUCUUAACAUCUUAACAUCUUAACAUCUUAACAUCUUAACAGAUGCAUUUUCAUUAUAUUUAGCACUAUGGCAAUGAUUUUUAGUUAUGAAUGUGUUUAAAUUGGUAAAAAGUGCCGACCGGAACAUUUAGAAAGCUUUGCCAUCGCUUCAGUUCGAUGAAAAGCAGAGAUCCGUGGUUUCGCGGGACCUUAACACAACUUUCAAGGAAACCACGAAUCAUGAUUCUAUUGGUCGUUGUAGCGAUCCCGAACGUUUUGGUCGGCAUUUUAGCGAAUAUAAAGACAUUCAAAUGUAAAACCAUAGUCUUACUAUCGAAUAUAAUGCAAAAUGCACUUGUUAAUAUGUUAACAUGUUAAGAUGUUAAGAUCCUUAAGCUGAUAAAGCCAUGGAUUCACUCUGGAUUACGUCUGCAUUACUGAUCAAAUGUAUCCUCUCUGGCGGCCUACGCCAGUUGUGAGGAAAGGCUCCCACAACGGCCCCCCAUCAGUCCUCGCGAGAAGCUAAAAGGAAUUAGCGUGGCUGCGCACUGAGGGGACGCCCAGCGAGCCGAGACAAGAUGUUUGGGCGGUUUGGGCUGAUGCUGGCGUUUCAUUUCCGCCGUGUCCGACCGUGGAGGCCAGGGAGCGGGUCCAGCCAUGAAGAUGAGUAAGGUGGGGAACCAGACCAACUCGCAGGACCCGCAGGCCGUCAACUCCAGGGUGUUCGUGGGCAACCUCAACACCUUCCAGUGCUCCAAGGCGGAGGUGGAGAGGAUGUUCCAGCGAUACGGACGCAUCGCCGGGAUCUCCAUGCACAAGGGCUACGCCUUCGUGCAGUUCGCCAACCCCCUGGACGCGAGGAGCGCCUGCCUCGGCGAGGACAACCGGGUGGUGUUGGGCCAGACCCUGGACGUGAACAUGGUUGCUGACCCCAAGCCACAUCAGACUGGUAGGAAAAGGCAAAAUGUCGCCAAAACUGGAAAUGACUGGGAAUACUACUACGAUAGCUACUACUCCACGGCGCCGUUCGCCGCGGUGGCGCAGCGCCUGGCGCCGCCCCUCAAGAGGCCAAGGCUGAUCGCCGCGCCCAGCCGGUCCAGCAAGAAGCAACAACAGCAGCAGCAGCAGCAAGCGCAGCAGGCCCAGCAGGCCCAGCAGACGACGCAGCAGCAGCAACAGCAGCAGCAACAGCAGCAAACUGUACCGCAGCCUCUGCAGCCCCAGCUGCCCCAACUCCAGCACCAGCAGUCGCCGCCGCCCCCGACAACGACGCAGCAGACGACGACCGUGAGCGCGGCCGACCUGUCGCUGCUUAAGACCUACAGCAAUCCGGACGUCCUCAUCUGCGGCAACUGCAGGGAGCUCUUCACCGACCUCGGCGAGCUGAUCGAGCACCGCAAGUCGCACUGCAAGCUGAGGUUCGCGUGCAAGUGCCGGCCCAUCACGCCAUCGCAGAACGGGGGUGAAGGUGGGUCGGCGGUGUCGCUGCUGUGCGUGUCGUGCAAGGCGUCCUUCACCUCGGCCUGGGACCUCAUGGUGCACGUGCAGGCCGCGCACAUGCUCAACAUCUACGAGCUGGGCUCGGCGGAGCAGCAGCAGCAGCAGCAGCAGCAGGCCCUGCCACAGCCCAGCGCCUCGCCCGAGCAGCAGAUGAAGGCCAUGCCGCACCACGUCGCCUUCUCGCACGCGCAGGCGCUGGCCUCCUGCUCCGCCGUGCUGAGCGACGAGCACGCCGAGGCGGCCGUGCUGACCAACGGCUGGCACAAGGAGAACGGCACGCCGGCCAUGGUCUAGCCGCGCGCUCCCCUAGGGUACAUAUCAGCACGUCAAGUGUGACCACAAUCGCCAUAUCAUUCAUGUGUAAGAAUGUUCCAUAAUCCACUUUGUAAAAAAAGAAGAAAGAUGGGGAGGGAGUGGGAAAGGGAAAGCUAUUGAUAUGUCUAUAUAUUAUAUUUUUGUCAGAAAUCUUUAUUGGUAUUCCGUUGUAAAUUCAGUAUCAUUUUUUUCUAGAAGAAAUGUUAAGACUUGACGCUGUGUGAGGUCGCUUGUAAUUUGUUAUGAUACAAUCUGUCUUCUUUCAUUAUUUAUAUGUAUUUGUUAUGUUUUAUUUAUGUACAUUUAAAUGCUAGGUUCAUAAGUUUAACGUUGUCUUCGAUAUAUUUAUCUGUUACUUAUCAAUUAUUUUGCAUUGUUGUGAACAUUACAAAAUGAUUUUCUUUAUUUUAUGAAGCUGUCAACCUUUAGAAAAAGCUAAUUAGUUUGUAAUUAAUGUGCCUACACUGCUCUCUAAAACUUCAUCAAGUUUUGGCUUUGACAUCAUCUGCUACUUCAACAUUUUGGAGAAUAAUAAAACUAGUCAGCUCGAUACUAUUGCUUAUUCUUUUAUAUUUUCAAACUUUGCAUUUUUUCUUUUUUUCUCUUAAUCUAGUCAUUGAUCCAUAUUGAUUCAAAUGUGUGAUAUGUAGUAUAAGAUGCACAAUCCUUGUUGAUGCUACCAUCUGUUUUGUAAUACUUUAAAUAGCUUUAUGAGGCUGUUAGUUAUGAGACCGUUUCUUUUGUGUGAUUACACUAUUUGUAAGUUGAGUAAAGAAAUACAUAGAAUGUUUGUUUAUA